AUGAAAAUUACAAUUCUAAAGUUUAUCCUGUUGAUAUUUUUUGGGUUAGCAGUCAUCUUGCUUGGAUUUAUUUUUCAAGGAAAAUAUCUGGAGAAACGUAUAAACAUUCAACAAAAUUGCCGCUUUAAAAAUAAAACAGAGUGGAGAAUAUUGUGGUACAACAUCCCAUCCUAUUUAAUGGAUGAGUUUAAUUAUUCAAAACUUCAAACACAUGAAAAACAUCGAUACUUUAUCUUGACAAAGGAUAACAAUGAUUUAUCAAGAAGUGAUGUUGUGAUAUUUACACACAGUACUAUGGGAAAGAUUCCACCCCCUAAAUUUAAGUGUCAAAUCUGGGUUUUCAACUCAAUGGAAACGCCUACCUUCAUGAUUAACGACUACCAGAAAUGGAAUACUAGUCUAGAUUGGUUGAUGUCAUAUCGCAGAGAUUCAGACAUAUAUCGACCUUAUGGAUCACUUAAGAAACGGUCCUCCCUUUUGGUGAAGAAUUAUACGGAGGUAUUUCAGAAGAAGAAAUAUUUUGGCGUGUGGAUGUCAGGGCAUUGUCCAGUACCGUCUCGUCGUAAAAAUUACAUACUUGAUUUAAAGAAAUAUAUACAGGUCGAUAUGUUCGGUUCCUGUGGCAGUGCUGUUUGUCUUAGUCGAACUCCAUAUCUAAACGAAUGCUUGCGAAAUUUUUCUCGUGAUUAUAAAUUUUAUUUUGCUUUUGAAAAUAACAUUUGUAAAGACUAUACGACAGAAAAAUUAUUUAAUGUAUUUUUGGGAAAUUUAGAUCUUAUACCUGUAAUUAAUGGGCCAAAAAAUGUAGCUGAAUAUAUACCAAACGGAACGUUUAUCAGCACUCUUGAUUUCUCUUCACCUAAAGCUCUUGCAAAUAAACUGAAAAAAAUUGGCUCAAAUGAAACUCUUUUUAUCCAGUAUCUAAAAGAAAAGGAUAAGUAUAUAGACAUUGGUGCAAAGGAAAUAUUUCUUCAGUCUAUGUUGCAGAUAUUUGACAAAAUUAUUCGAACAGAGGGAAAUACUGUGCGACAAAAUGAAAGCAUAAACAUAAAUUCUUUUCGAAUUAAGAAGGCUGUUACAUGUUAGUGUUAGAGUAUGACCUUCUUUUCUAUAUAAUAGCCCUUUAACUGCCUAGAACCCUUUCACAGAAUAGCAGAUUAUAGUGUCAGUAGAAAUAAGUCCGAAAUAUACCUUGCUUAUUUGUUUUUUCCAGUGAUAGUACAUUCGCAUUAAAUUUUGAACUACAUUUUUCAACGAAAAUAUUUGCCUCAUUAUGAAGAAGCGAGGGCAUUUU